UUGAACAGUCUAGCACCACUCUGAACAUUUCAUCGAAAGCUGAAGUCAACACUCAGCACUUUCCCAAACAUGAAAAUCCCGAAUCCCAUACUCUCGCUCUUCAUCCUCUUGAACCCUUCCCUAGUACUGGCAAACAUAGAGACAUGUUCAGACAGCGUUUGCCAGGGUGGUGAGCCAGUAAUCCGAUUUCCCUUCCGCAUAGAAGGAAAUCUCGCAGAACCAUGCGGAUACCCAGGCUUCAUAGUCUCCUGCAACCAGAACGCCCAAACACUCCUCAACCUACCAAAUUGGGGCCCACUCAAAAUCCAAACUAUAAACUACGCCGCACAGCAACUGUGGGUCAACGAUCCCGACAACUGCCUCCCCAAACGUCUUCUCUCUCUCAAUCUCUCCACCUCUCCCUUCCGUGCCGUUUACCACCAGCAGUUUACCUUCUUCAACUGCUCCGUCAAUUUGGCGAACCUCGUUCGUCGAUACCGUCCUAUAGGUUGUCUGAGCGAUUCUCCCAAGUACGCCGUUUUCGCCACGCCUUCUACGACUGUGGUUGGCCACUUGUCUUCCGUGUGUGAUUUCGUGGCCACGGUGAAGGUGCCUGUGCAGUCACCGUUUUACGAUCAAGUCACAUCGUCGGAACUCGGCGAGGAUCUGCGUCUCUCGUGGGAUUCGCCGGCGUGCGGUAGGUGUGAGUCCCACGGUGGCCGGUGCGGCUUUAAGAGUGACGAGACUUUUGAGCUUGACUGUUAUGGUUUCCCUUCGAAAGGAAUUUCCCGUGGUGCCCGUUACGCCAUAGCCAUAUGCAUAGGGGUACCAGCUAUGUUAUGUUCCUUUGGAGUAUUGAGUUGCAUCUGCAGCUGGCUCAAAAUGAGGAACCAUGAUGGACCUUGGACUCACGAAACUGUGGCAGAUUUUGAGGCUCUAGUAGGCUCAAGGCCCACAUCAUCAGUAUCGGGCCUGGACAGACCCACAAUCGAAUCGUACCCAAAAAUAGUUAUUGGUGAGAACAGACUGUUACCGAAGAAGGGGGAAAAAAUGUGCUCAAUAUGUUUGUCAGAGUACAUGCCAAAAGAGACAGUGAAAAGCAUACCUGAAUGUGGACACUGCUUUCAUGCACAAUGCAUCGAUGAAUGGCUUCCACUGAACGCCUCCUGCCCAAUCUGCCGAACUUCUCCCCGAAAGUUUCCACAACCUCGUGCUCGAUCAUCAACAUAAUAUACAGUAAUGUUUCCACUUUUUACAUUUCUUCUAUAUAUCUCUAUCAAUCAUGAAGUUGUCAUCAAAUGUGAUUAAUCUUUCUUUUAUGCCUCCAACCAUAGUUGGAAAAUACACCACAACUUAUUUGAGAGUAUAAUUGUUUUAUUGUUUCGUGUAUAUGUAAUCAAGUGUUUAUUUAAAGUAGUUUUUUUCAUUUUUCA